UAUGAUGAUAUCAUUGCCAUUGGUUCCUUUCAUGCACUAAAGAAAGGAAUCCCCGUUGUGUGCUCUGCUGGAAACUCCGGCCCGAACAUGGCGACUGCUUCUAAUAUUGCUCCGUGGAUUUUGACAGUCGGGGCUAGCACUUUGGACCGUGAAUUUCAGGCGCCCAUUGAACUUGGAAACGGACAACGCUUCACGGGGUCGAGCCUUUCGAAUCCAUUAGCGGGAAGAAAGCUAUACCCAUUGAUAACGGGAGCUCAGGCGAAAGCGACGACUGCCUUUGCCCAGGACGCCAUUCUCUGCAAGCCGGAAACGUUGGAUCAUUCUAAAGUGAAAGGGAAGAUCUUGGUUUGCUUGAGAGGGGGUUCUUCGAGAAUUAACAAAGGAAUGCAAGCCCUCCUCGCCGGUGCUGUCGGAAUGAUUCUCUGCAAUGAUAGGCUUAGUGGAUUUCAAAUCAUGGCCGAUCUCCAUGUUCUUCCAACUUCCCAUAUCAAUUACAAUGACGGCCAAGCUGUUUUCUCGUACAUCUAUUUCACAAAAAAUCCGAUGGGAUAUUUGAUCCCGCCGUCGUCUAAAGUUAAUACCAAACCUUCUCCGACAAUGGCGGCUUUCUCCUCGAGAGGACCCAACAUCGUUUCACCUGAAAUUAUCAAGCCGGACGUGACAGCGCCGGGAGUGAACAUAAUCGCGGCAUUCUCCGGCGCCGUGAGCCCAACAGGGGAGCCAUUCGACAACAGAGCAGUUCCAUACAUAACAAUGUCGGGGACCUCCAUGUCCUGUCCCCAUGUCUCUGGCAUUGUCGGCCUCCUCAAAGCUCUCCACCCCGAAUGGAGCCCUGCUGCCAUCAAAUCUGCCAUAAUGACCUCCGCCAGAGUUAGCGACAACACAAUGAACCUCAUGCUCGACGGCGGCUCCCCUAUCUUUGCUCCAGCCACCCCGUUCAUAUAUGGGUCAGGGCACAUCCGCCCCACUGGCGCCAUGGACCCCGGCCUUGUCUACGACCUUUCCCCCAACGAUUACUUGGAAUUCCUCUGCGCCAGCGGCUACAAGGAGAAGAACCUUCGAGUAUUCGCCGAUGGCAAUUUCAAAUGCCCUGUUUCUGGUUCUAUUUUGAACUUUAAUUACCCUUCUAUUGGGGUUCAGAACUUAAUUGGGAGUGUCACGGUUUCUAGAAGGCUGAAGAAUGUUGGCAUGCCGGGGGUUUACAGAGUUAGAGUCGAGCGGCCGGAAGGAGUUCAGGUUUCAGUGAAUCCAAGCGUUUUGAAGUUUGAGAAGAUUGGAGAGGAGAAGGGGUUUGAAUUGACGAUAACAGGAGUUGUGGCGGAGGGUCAAAUUAGUUUCGGUACGUUGAUUUGGACGGACGACAAGCACUUUGUUAGGAGCCCAAUUGUUGUUUCUUCAGGCUUUUUCUGAACCCAUUUUAUUAGGAGGGUUA